AUGCUGCCCAAGGAAGCAUUCGAGUUCCAAUACCCAACCAAAGGAGAUCCGCACCUGGCGAGCGAAGUCGCUGAGCGCCUCCAGCUUAGCGGAUUCAAGCCCGUUCUGGAUGAGAAACGCGGACUGGACCGUGCAGUCUAUGUGCCCAUGACUUCCAUGAGGCCCGCUGCUGAUAUUCCCAUCGUGCAGAUGUCGGUGAUUACCAGAGACACCGAAGCAGAGUCAACGGAAGCGAACAUCAAAUUGGGACAAGCUCUGGAAUGCUUCCGUGAUAAAGGCUGCGCUAUCGUGGGAAGCGGUGGAUCGUUUCAUGAUUUCCAAGCUGUUGCCGCAGCCUUCUUCGAAGGAAAGGAGGUACCUGAGCGCAGCAGGCAGUUCGAGAAGUUCUUCAAGUCUGUAGCGUCCACUCCAGACCCUGUGGACCGCAAGACCAAACUAAUGGGCUGGCGAGAUCUCCCGGAGAGCUACCUGGCCCAUCCGGCUAAUCAUUCUGAGCACUUCAUGCCCUCCAUGGUUUGCUCCGGCAGUGGCGGGAAUACUGGGGGAAAGCAAUUUGACAUGUAUGAGUAUCGUGGGACGCCGAUGGGCCAGUAUGAAUGGUAG